AUGCUCACUUGGUUUCUCACUAUUCAUACUUCUUUAACUCCUGCUCCUCUCCCUGUCUCCGCUUACCCUUCCUCCUCCUCUCACUCGUCCUCCUCUCGCUCGUCCUUCAUCCUCCUAUCGUUCGUCCUCCGUCCUCUUCUUACUCGUUCUUCCUCCUCCUCUGACGCGUCCUCCUCCUCUCACUCGUCCUCCUCUCUAUCGUCCUCCUCCUCUCACUCGUCCCCUUUCUCUCACUCGUACUCGUCUCGAUCGUCCUCCUCUCACUCGUCCUCCUCUCACUCGUUCUCCUCCCCUCACUCGUCCUUAUGCCAAUCGUCGUCUCACUCGUCCUCAUGCCAAUCGUCGUCUCACUCGUCCUCCUCUCGCGCGUCCUCCUCCUCUCGCGCGUCCUCCUCCUCUCGCGCGUCCUCCUCCUCUCGCGCGUCCUCCUCUCGCGCGUCCUCCUCUCGCGCGUCCUCCUCUCGCGCGUCCUCCUCCUCUCGCGCGUCCUCCUCCUCUCGCUCGUCCUCCUCCUCUCGCUCGUCCUCCUCUCGCUCGUCCUCCUCUCGCUCGUCCUCCUCUCGCUCGUCCUCCUCUCGCUCGUCCUCCUCCUCUCGCUCGUCCUCCUCUCGCUCGUCCUCCUCCUCUCGCUCGUCCUCCUCCUCUCGCUCGUCCUUCUCCUCUCGCUCGUCCUCCUCCUCUCGCUCGUCCUCUCACUCGUCCUCCUCCGCGCACUCGUCCUCCUCCUCUCACGUCCUCCGCCGUGCACUCGUCCUCUUCUCACUCGUCCUCCUCUUCUCACUCGUCCUCCUCUUCUCACUCGUCCUCCUCUUCUCACUCGUCCUCCUCUUCUCACUCGUCCUCCUCUUCUCACUCGUCCUCCUCUUCUCACUCGUCACCCAUCCUCCUCCUCUCACUCGUCUUCGUCCUCGUACUCGUUCUUCCUCCUCCUCCUCUCAUUCGUCGUCCUCCCCUCACUCGUCACGCUUUUUUCAUCCCAUCACUAACAUUUCCCCCCUCCUCUAUGUUUUCCCACCCAUCCUCGCAGCAGCAGGAGAGGUGACUGACGCGACGUUCAAGCAGCUGGUGCUUGAGAGCAGCACGCCUGUGCUGGUGGACUUCUGGGCCCCGUGGUGCGGCCCGUGCCGCAUGAUCGCGCCUCUGAUUGACGAGCUGGCAGUGCAGUAUGCAGGCAAGAUGGCGUGCUACAAGCUCAACACGGACGACAGCCCUGGCGUGCCCACCGAGUAUGGCAUUCGCAGCAUCCCCACCGUGCUGGUGUUCAAGGGCGGCAAAAAGGUGGAUGCGGUCAUUGGAGCAGUUCCCAAGGCCACGCUCGUGGCUACUGUUGAGAAGUACCUGUAA